AAGGCGCCCGGUUUUGGCGCCAAGCGGCAGCGCGGCGGUUCCCGGCAGCGGCGGCGGGGGUCGGGUCGGGUCGGAUCGGAUCGCAGCGGGUCGGACCGCGGGCGCUGCCGGGGCCGGGUCGGUUCCCCUCGGCUCUGACCGCCUUCCCCCUUGCAGCGGCGGGAUCUCCUCGGCCCCCCCCCCCCGCCCCGGUCUCCCCGAGCGGCCGGCGGUAUGGCGGAGCCGGCGGGCGGGUUGGAGGACGCGGAGCUGCGGGAGGCCCAGCGCGACUAUCUCGAUUUUCUGGACGAUGAGGAAGAUCAAGGGAUUUACCACAGUAAAGUCCGGGACAUGAUCAGUGACAACCAGUAUCGCCUCCUCGUCAGCAUCAACGACCUGCGGCGGAAGAACGAGAAGAGAGCCAACCGGCUCUUGAGCAACGCCUUUGAGGAGCUGAUCGCCUUCCAGCGCGCCCUGAAGGAUUUCGUCGCCUCCGUCGAUGCCACCUAUGCCAAGCAGUACGAGGACUUCUACAUCGGGCUGGAGGGCAGCUUCGGCUCCAAGCACGUGUCACCGCGGACGCUGACGGCCUGUUUCCUCAGCUGCAUUGUCUGCGUGGAGGGCAUCGUGACAAAAUGCUCUCUGGUUCGUCCAAAGAUUGUCCGGAGCGUCCAUUAUUGCCCAGCUACCAAGAAGACUAUUGAGCGCCGAUACACGGACAUGACCUCCCUGGAUGCUUUCCCAUCCAGCUCCGUCUACCCUACGAAGGACGAAGAGAAUAACCCCCUGGAGACAGAGUUUGGCCUCUCGGUCUACAAGGACCAUCAGAGCAUCACCAUCCAGGAGAUGCCCGAGAAGGCACCAGCAGGGCAGCUGCCACGUUCCGUGGAUGUCAUUCUGGAUGAUGACCUGGUGGAUAAGGUGAAGCCUGGGGACCGCAUCCAGGUGGUGGGGACGUACCGCUGCCUGCCGGGAAAGAAAGGGGGUUACACUUCAGGGACUUUCAGGACUAUCCUCAUUGCCUGCCAUGUGAAGCAGAUGAGCAAAGAUGUCCGGCCUCUCUACUCUGCUGCCGACGUGGCCAAGAUCAAGCGAUUCAGCAAGAGUCGCUCCAAGGAUAUCUUUGACCAGCUGGCGAGAUCCCUUGCUCCCAGCAUCCAUGGGCAUGAGUACAUCAAGAAGGCCAUUCUCUGCAUGCUGCUCGGAGGGGUGGAGAAGGUCUUGGAGAACGGGAGCCGCAUCCGAGGAGACAUCAACAUCUUGCUGAUAGGAGACCCUUCCGUUGCCAAGUCUCAGCUCCUGCGGUACGUGCUCUGCACCGCGCCCCGCGCCAUCCCCACCACCGGCAGAGGCUCCUCCGGCGUCGGCCUGACCGCCGCCGUCACCACGGACCAAGAAACCGGCGAGCGGCGCCUGGAAGCGGGGGCCAUGGUUUUGGCCGACCGGGGGGUGGUGUGCAUCGACGAGUUCGACAAGAUGUCCGACAUCGACCGUACGGCCAUCCACGAGGUGAUGGAGCAGGGCCGCGUCACCAUCGCCAAGGCUGGCAUCCAUGCCCGCCUCAACUCCCGCUGCAGCGUCCUGGCGGCGGCCAACCCCGUCUAUGGCCGGUACGACCAGUACAAGACGCCCAUGGAGAACAUCGGCCUGCAGGACUCCCUGCUCUCCCGCUUCGACCUGCUCUUCAUUGUGCUGGACCAGAUGGACCCCGAGCAGGACAGGGAGAUCUCGGACCACGUCCUGCGGAUGCACCGCUACCGCAACCCCAACGAGCAGGACGGGGACGCCAUGCCCCUGGGCAGCGCCGUGGAGAUCCUGGCUACGGAGGACCCCGACUUUGUGCAGGAGGAGGAACAGGAGCUCCAAGUGUAUGAGAAACAUGAUGACCUCCUGCACGGGCCCAACCGCCGCAAGGAGAAGAUCGUCAGCAUGGAGUUCAUGAGGAAGUACAUCCACGUAGCAAAGAUGAUUAAGCCCGUCUUGACCCAGGAGUCGGCGAGCUACAUAGCGGAGGAGUACUCCCGCCUGCGCAGCCAGAGCCAGACGAACUCGGACAUUGCCAGGACCUCCCCUGUCACGGCCCGUACCCUGGAGACCCUGAUCCGCCUCUCCACGGCCCACGCCAAGGCCAGGAUGAACAAGACCGUCGAUCUGCAGGAUGCCGAGGCGGCUUUGGAGCUGGUGCAGUUCGCCUACUUCAAAAAGGUGCUGGAGAAGGAGAAGAAGCGCAGAAAGCAGGCGGAGGACGACUCGGAGACCGAGAAGGAGGAGGAUGAGGAGUCGCAGCCCAGGGAGGAGCGCAGGACGAGGAGGAGAAAGAAGGCACGCACAGGAGGCGAGGGGGAUUCCUACGACCCGUACGACUUCAGUGAUGCCGAGGAGGAGAUGCCGGAGGUCCAGGCACACACUCCCAAGGCGCCCGAAGCCUCGGCCGCUGGCGAAGCGAAGAAGCCGGAGCUGGCUGAGCCGAGGUUGAAAGCGUUCAAGGCUGCCCUCCUGGAGGUCUUCAAAACUUCCCAUGCCCAGUCUGUGGGUCUGAAGAACGUGAUGGAGUCCAUCAACCGUGACAACCCUGAUCCCUUCUCGCUGGCUGAAGUGAAGGUGGUGCUGGCCCACAUGCAAGAUGACAACCAGAUCAUGGUGUCCGAUGACAUUAUCUUCUUAAUCUGAGCCUCUGGGUGGAAGAGUCCAAGUUCUCGUGGACUCUCAGGCUGGAGACUCUUUGUGUUUGCCUUCAGCUCUCUCCUGAACACUUCAUCUGGCUGAGCUGGACUUUGGGGAGCUCAAGUCUGUGCACUUUACAGUCCUUCCUUGCUGUGCAUUGCUGGAGCAACCUGUGAGCUCCGGAAGCUCUCUUACUUUUACUGUCUUCAAACUGGAGUAUUUGGGAAGAGAUUUGUGUCUGCGAGGAGCCAAAAAGGAAAAACUUUGGUGCAAAUUAUCAGUGUUCUUAAUGUAUUGUUUUUAGCUUUGGUAGUAAUAGUUCCAGCCUUUGAAUAAAAAAAUCUGUAUUUAGGGA